AUGGCUGCCACGUUGGUCUCAAGCAAUCGAAGCUUUAAGGGACGUCAAUUCGUCUAUAAACAUGCCAGCACCACCACCAACUGCGACAUGACAUUUGGUGUCUAUAUCCCGGAUCACGAAGCCGAUGAGAAGCUUCGCACCCUCUUCUACCUCUCCGGACUCACCUGUACCCACGCGAAUUUCAUGGAGAAAUCCGGAUUCCAGCAAUACGCCUCGAAGCACCGUUUCAUCGUCGUUCACCCAGAUACAUCGCCACGUGGCGUCGAUGUCGAAGGCGACUCGGACAGUUGGGAUUUCGGAAAAGGGGCGGGAUUUUAUGUGAAUGCCACCGUGGAGAAAUGGGCGAAAAACUAUAGAAUGUAUGAUUAUAUUGUCGAGGAAUUGUUGGAGGACGUCGUGCCGAAACUCGCUCCGAUCGAUACAGCUAGAGUUGGAAUCUUCGGCCACUCGAUGGGCGGUCACGGAGCUAUCACCAUCGGCCUCCGCAACCCUUCAAAAUUCAAAUCGAUUUCCGCAUUCGCUCCGAUUUGCAACCCAAUCACCGUUCCAUGGGGUCAAAAAGCUCUCGCCGGAUACCUUGGAGACGAUCAAUCCACGUGGAAAGAAUACGAUGCGUCGGAAGUUCUGAAGGCGUACACGGGACAAUGUCGUAUUAUUCUUAUCGAUCAGGGAACUGCUGAUAACUUCUUGGAGCAAUUGAAACCCGAAACCCUGAAGGAUACGAAUCACGCUGGAGUCGUGGUUAGAAUGCAACCGGAAUUCGAUCAUUCUUACUAUUUCAUUGCCACGUUUAUGGAAGAUCAUUUCGAACAUCAUGCCAAGAUUUUUAGAUCUAUUUAA